AUGGGCAAAAUUAGAAUUCCCAAAAGGCGCUUCAGAAAAACUAAGGACUCCACCACCAAUUCUUGUAAUAAUGCAAGCGGUCAUUUUGACGAUCGGGACGAUGACAACGAUGAUGAUGGUCGCAGCGAGGUUCAAAGGAUGGAUAUCUCUUCUGUUUGCUUGUCUCAGAAAUCAAGUAAAUCAGGGAGAAAAUAUAGUGCCUCAGUGUGUAGCAAACACUCAACAACAAAGAAACCAGCGUUCACUAACAUCUUUGACAAACUCGACAUCGAUGUUAAUGAACUGACAAAAGAUCUUGAAUAUUCUGUCAAACAUCAGUUGUCAGGUAAAGAUAAGGAAGAUGGAGGCCAACCUGACCCAGACUAUGAUGAAAAUUUUGACAUGAGAAGUGCCGUUACAAGCAAAUCUCUGAAAGGUCUUGGAUUAAAGAAAGUCGACAAGAGGAAGUUGAGGCAUGAAGUCUGGCUAAAAAAAAUGAAUAUAAUAAAGUCACAUGUUAAAGAAUCAAAAGAGAAGAAAAAUCGUGAAGAAACAGCCAUUGUCGGUGACAUGAAACCACUGGACGAUGCUCUGCCAACUCUUGAUUGGCUGAUGAACAACCAGAAACUGGCCUGUAAGAGAAGAGAGCCAAAGAUAAGAGGAAUCAAGAAACAGAAAGUUGUCCAAAGGGAGAUGAAUGAAGGAAUAGCAUUUUAUCGCUCCAUUCUUCAUCAUCCGGCUUACAAGAGUAAUCCCAUACAGAUGAUCGCUGAACAGCUGAAGAGCAGGAUCGAACAGAAUGAAUGA